GCUGAGACCCGGACUACAAGCGCGAGACUGGACACACACACACACACGGCUGCUGGUCUUUUUUAAAAACUGGAUGUGUGUGCGCGCGCCCGUGUGUGCGCGUGGUCAUGAUUGACACCUGAGCCGCGCAGGUAGCCAGCCGUGUUUCCUGGGCGUGGGAUUUAUAUUCUUAACAGACUCGUCUCCUUUGGGUGGAAUAUUGUUGGACUACAAAGUUCAGGCUGCGGAGCUGCGCGCGCGCCUCGCGCUCGGACCCGGGAUGUACGUCUGGGAACUUUUCUUUUCUUUUUCUGGCACGCAGAGGCUUUUAUACUUCUAACUUCUGGAGACGUUCAGGAGGGAAUACCGACCGAGAGGAGGACUACCGAGAGAGAGAGAGGAGGAAUAUAGAAGGAGAGGAGGAACACUCACGAGGAGAGGAGAGGCGCUUCAUGACAACGGGCCUCACCACUUCACAGACGCGAUGGAACGCUGGUGGGCGUGGCACUUUGCCGCUGUCGCCCUGGCAACCGUUUGCGUCGGCCAAAUCGUGGAGUUCCCCUCGGACACGCCGAUCAACAACGUGGUGACGGACCCGCGCUCCGGCCGGCUCUACGUCGGCGCCGUCAACCGCCUGUACCAGCUGGGCCCGGACCUGCGGCUGGAGGCCCGCGUGGAGACGGGCCCCAAGCGGGACAACAAGGCGUGCACGCCGCCCGUCACGGACGCCUGCGAGGAGGCGGCCGACACCGACAACCACAACAAGCUGCUGCUGCUGGUGCCGGCGCCGGACGCCGCCCGGGACGUGCUGGUGGUCUGCGGCAGCGUGUUCCGGGGCCUCUGCUCGCUCAGGAACCUGAGCCGCGUGGACCAGCUCACGUACUUCAGCGACACCAAGGGAGAGAAGUCGUACGUGGCGAGCGCCGAGGAGAGCGUCUCCGUGGUGGGCGUGACCUCGUACUUCACCAAGGACAAGGACAACUUCACCGUGUUCCUGGUCGGCAAAGGCUACGGCAGCCACGACAGCACCAAGCUCAUCUCCACCCGCAUCCUGGAGGACUACGGCGACUGGGUGGUGUUCGACAGCAUCAUCGAGGCCUCGGCGGUGCAGGCCAACCCCUUCGUCCUGCGCUACCUCCACAACUUCCGCUUCGCCUUCAAGGACGGCGGCUUUGUGUACUUCCUGUUCUCGCGGACGCUCGGCGUCCAGGACAACAAGAACUUCACCUUCGUGUCGCGGAUGUGCGAGGACGACCAGGGCUACUACUCCUACACCGAGCUGCAGCUCAACUGCAGCGCCGCCAACACGUACAACAAGGCUCAGGCCGCCUACGUAGCAACACCAGGGGAGGUUCUGGCUCAGACGAUGACCGACUCGGGCCGGUAUGGACCGGUUUCGGCCUCGGACAAGGUUCUGUUCGUCACCUUCACUUCUGAUGAGAACUCGUCCACUUCAGCCAUGUGCAUGUACCCUCUUCACUCCAUCAACAAGAGGCUGGUGGAGAUAAUCGCGGCGUGCUACAGCUACAACGGCAUCAUUAACGAGAAGUCGGCCGUCUACUCGCCGUACUCCUCCAAGUCUGAGGAGCUGUGCAGCAGCAUUAAGAAUAACAACAUGGCCCUCAGUUUGAAAUGCGGAGCAGAGUUCCUGCCCUCCCCAUUGGCCAGCAAGGCCGAGUUUGCCCUGACAACCAAGCCCUCAUUGGUCCGCAAGGGUCACAUGACCGCCGUGGCCGUUACCGUGGAGAUGGGGCACGCGGUGGCGUUCGUGGGCACCGCAACCGGAGAGGUGUUGAAGGUGCACCUGUCGGCCGACCCUGAGGUGUACGGGCGAGCUCAGGGCGACGUCACGGGCGACAAGGUCAACAAGAACCUGCUGUUCGAUGCCAAGCUGCAGCACCUGUACAUCACCACGGAGAAGAAGAUCACCAAGGUUCCCGUGCAGGCCUGCCACCUGAAGACGGACUGCCAGUCCUGCGUCUCCAUGAAGGAUCCGUACUGUGGCUGGUGUGUCCUGGAGGGGAAGUGCACCAGGAAGAUGGCGUGCAGCAGGUGGUGGGAGGAGAAGAUCUGGCUAUGGUCGCCCAAUCAGCAGUGUGUUGAGAUCGAGGCCUUCGACCCGCCCAACCUGAGCUGCAAGAAGACGCGGCAGGUCGACAUCCACAUCCCGGCGCUGCCGGCGCUGAGGAGCUCCGACCGGCUGGAGUGCAAGUUCGGCUCCAUCUCCAGCGAAGCCGUGAUGGUCAUCGCCGAGAAUCAGGUGCGGGUCACCUGUACGCUGCCGGACCCCGUGGAGAUCCCACCGACCCCUGACCAGCAGGACUACGUGUCCGUCCCAGUCACGGUUCUGGUAAAUGACAAAGUGAAGGUGGCGUCCGGGGAGUAUCACUUCUACAACUGUGCCGCUACGGUUAGGAAGAACCAGAACGCACCGUGCAUCGCGUGUGUGACCAGCGAGUGGGGCUGUCAGUGGAACGCUCUGGAUCACAGCUGCAGCGACAACAACGCUGCUGUUGGUGGGGAACACAUCGUCAAACCAGAACAGGCCGGCAGCUGUCCUCAGUUCGAGUCCCCGGAGCCGCUCCUGAUCCCCGUCGGCUUUCAAAUCCCGAUCAGCUUCCAGGGGAGGAACCUGGACGUCUACACGAAGCCGAGGUUCUCCAUCGGGACGGAGCUGAUGAAGGACGCCGAGGUCGCCGUGACGCAGGAGCAGGGGUCAAAGUUCAGAUUCCCGGGUUAUGAGUUUUCCUAUGACGAGCAGCAGGAGGUGAACGUAUCCUUCCAUAUCAAAGACAGAGAAACUGAGAGGAAGAUUGACAGCACCCUGACAGUGGUGCUGUAUAACUGCUCCGUGGGCCGGCCAGACUGCAGCCUGUGUGGUCACUCCUCCCCCCGGUACGAGUGUGUGUGGUGCUCCUCCUCCCGGCGCUGUGUUUACCGGCAGCUCUGCCCGGCGGCUCCUCCGGCCCGGUGCCCCGACCCGGAGAUCACCGACAUCAUCCCUCGCUUCGGGCCUCUGAACGGCCGGAUCUCCGUCACCAUCAAAGGCUCCAACAUGGGAAUCAAGAAGGACGACGUCAAGAGGAUCACGGUGGCCGGCGUGGACUGUGUCCACCAGGGGGAGCACUACUCCGUCUCCACCAGCAUCGUGUGUGAGAUCGGACCGGCGAGGAGACUUCCUCCCGCCGACCUCCCGUUCGAGGGGCUCAACAGCGGAGCGGUGGAGGUGGAGGUGGAGGGAGGACGGAGAGGGAAGUCCCAGGUGGUCUUCACCUAUCGGGACCCCAAACCGCAGCUUGUGCACCCGGCGCGGGGUCCCGCCUCCGGGGGGACCGUCAUCACCAUCAGCGGAGAGGACCUGGACACGGCGAGCAAGGGCGACGUGUCCGUGAGCGUCGGGGGGGUUCCCUGUGAAGUCGUGGCGUUCGGCUCGGAGAUCACCUGCCGGACCGGGAGGUACCGCGGCCAGAAGGUGCCCUCCGACCUGCUGGCGGUGACGGUGAAAUACGGGAGGAACACCACCAAGGACGUGGCGGCCGCGUACCAAUACGCAGAAAACCCCAAGGUCACGGACUAUCACCCCAAGGACAGCUUCCUGAGCGGCGGCCGCAGGAUCGUUGUCAUGGGAACCGGGUUCGAUCUGGUCCAGAGAGCCUGGAUGAAGGUCCUGCUGGUCCCCAACGAGUUCUCCCAGAACCCCUCACCUGUCGAGUUUGUGCAGGAGUCCCUGAGUAAGAACGACACGGUGCUUCAGUUCUCCUCCCCCCCGGUGUCCUCCUCCUCCUCCUCCUCUCCGCUGCGCACCGUGCUGCAGCUGGACGGCGAGCAGGAGGAGCUGAAGGGCUUCGACUACCACGCCGACCCGACCUUCAACCCGCUGGACAACAAGGAGAUCACGGACACCAGCGUCAUCAUCGUCACGGGUCGAGGGUUCGCCAAAGCCAUGACGGCCAAAGAGGCCCAGGCCUUCGUGGGAGACGCCUCGUGUCACGUCAACAUUCUGCAGGAUGAUAAGCUGAUCCUCGAGGCUCCGUCUUCGCGGCCUCGGUCCCGACGUCAGCGCCGAGACACGGCCACGGACAUGCUGGAGCUCGUGGUGAAGUUUGGCCUGGGCGAGUGGACGGUGGACUCCGUGUACUACGCCCGCAAGGACAACAUUCCUCUGGCCAUCAUCAUCCCCGCCGUCAUCAUCCCCAUGCUCCUCUUCAUCGCCGUGUCUGUCUACUGCUACCGGAGGAAGAGUCAGCAGGCGGAGCGAGAAUACGAGAAGGUGAGACACCAGCUGGAGAACCUGGAGGAGAGCGUCAGGGACCGCUGCAAGAAAGAGUUCACAGACCUGAUGAUCGAGAUGGAGGACCAGACCAGCGACCUGAGCGAGGCCCGGAUCCCCUUCCUGGACUACAAGACCUACACGGACCGGAACUUCUUCCUGCCCUCUAAGGACGGCGGCGCCACCGACACCAUGAUCACGGGCAAGAUCCAGAUCCCCGAGGCCCGCAAGGCCAUCGUGGCCCAGGCCCUGAACCAGUUCUCCAACCUGCUGAACAGCAAGACCUUCCUCCUCAACUUCAUCCAUACGCUGGAGAGCCGGCCGGACUUCAACGCGCGCUCGCGCGGCUACUUCGCCUCGCUGCUGACGGUGGCGCUGCACGGGAAGCUGGAGUACUACACCGACAUCAUGAGGACGCUGCUGCUGGAGCUCAUGGACGAGCACGUGCUCAACAAGAACCCCAAGCUCAUGCUGCGCCGGUCGGAGACGGUGGUGGAGAGGAUGCUCUGCAACUGGAUGUCCAUCUGCAUCUACCAGUUCCUCAGGGACACGGCCGGGGAGCCUCUCUACAAGCUGUUCAAGGCCCUGAAGCACCAGGUGGAGAAGGGCCCGGUGGACGCCACCAUGAAGAAAGCCAAAUACACGCUGAACGACACGGGGCUGCUGGGGGACGACGUGGAGUACUGCGUCCUGACCCUGCAGGUGCUGGUGCUCGGCGAGGGGCCGGACGUGACCCCAGUGAAGGUGUUGAACUGUGACACCAUCACACAGGUGAAAGAGAAGAUCAUCGACCAGGUGUACAGGAACCUGCCGUACUCCCAGAGGCCGAAGGUGGAGAGCGUCGCUUUGGAGUGGCGUCCCGGCUCCACGGGUCAGAUCCUGUCCGACCUGGACCUCACGUCCCAGAAGGAGGGUCGCUGGACGAGACUCAACACGCUGGCUCACUACAACGUGCGAGACAACGCCACGCUGGUUCUGUCCAGAGUUCUGCACACGCAGGUGUUCCACCAGCAGCAGGACAGCUACGAAGAGAAAAACCUCCUCCUGGAGGACAACACGUUCCAUCUCGUUCGCCCGGUGGAGGAGAUGGAGGAAGGGAAGUCGAAGCGAGGGAUGAAGGACAAAGCGAUGACGAAGGCCAUCACGGAGAUCUACCUCACGCGGCUGCUGUCGGUCAAGGGCACGCUGCAGCAGUUCGUGGAUGACUUCUUCCGCAGUGUGUUGAGCUGCAGCUCCGUCGUUCCUCCGGCCGUCAAAUACUUCUUUGACUUCCUGGACGAGCAGGCGCAUCGCCAUGACAACGUGGACGAGGAGACGCUGCACAUCUGGAAGACCAACAGCCUGCCUCUGAGGUUCUGGGUGAACAUCCUGAGGAACCCUCACUUUAUCUUUGACAUCCACGUGACGGAGGUGGUGGACGCGUCGCUGCACGUCGUGGCUCAGACCUUCAUGGACGCCUGCACCAAGACGGAGCACAAGCUCACCCGGGAGUCGCCUAACAACAAGCUGCUUUACGCCAAAGAGAUCUCCACCUACAAGAAGAUGGUGGACGACUACUAUCAGGGCAUCAGGCAGAUGGUCCCCGUCAGCGACCAGGACAUGAACACACACCUGGCCGAGGUCUCCAGGCAACACACCGACAAGCUGAACACCCAGCUGGCCUUACACCAGCUGUAUCAGUACGCCAGCAAGUACUACGACGUGAUCAUCCAGUCGCUGGACGAGGACCCGGCCGCCCAGAACAAGCAGCUCACGCUCCGCCUCCAACAGAUCGCCGCCGCCCUGGAGAACAAGGUCACCGACCUUUGACCUCUGAUCUCACGGAGGAGGGGUCGGGGGGGGUGCGGAGCUAGCGUCUACUAAAACACAGAAUGUGGUUUUUCCAUUGAAGGACUCGAAGGAAGACGAGCUUUGCAGACACUCCCGAAUGUUUUUAACCAUGUGAGGACUAAAGUGGGCGGGGCUAGUGGACCCACAGGAACACGUUGACCAUAUAAGGACUGAAGGAGGGAGGAGUUACGGGACUCCAGGAGGGGUGAGGAAUGGUGCUUUCUGGACAAAUGAAGUGCUUUCACUCUGUAUCCCCAAAAACAAAACCCGAGGCGGGAUGCCAAAUGGCGCCGCCGGCGGGAGCGCUGUGAAACCGAAGGCUGUUUCGAUGCUCGGCGUCUCCGUUUCGACUUCUGGAGAACACGGAUUAAACAUGUUAACCUAAAGAAGAAGAAAGUGGAACGCAAAGAAUGACGAGUUUUGGGAUGAUUGAAGAAUGUCGUGAAGUCGCGUUGUUACCAAAUACUUCUUGUUUUUCUCUUUUUAUUUUGGAAGUUUUUCUUGAGGUACGGCGGCUCCCGGACCAUGUGAGCUGACCCCAGAUCAGUUAGAAAUAAUCGACCAAUGAAAACCAACUACGGUACAAACCACUGGCCAAUCGGUGGUCUCGGUUUGUCCUGAUGGCACAGACAGAAUUCAGGGUACGACAUUCAACAUGUAAAAACCGUGGCGUUUAAACUCGCACCGCGAUGAUGAUGACGGGGCGUUUCCACGGUGAUGACACAGCGCUGUCGGCUCGAUCUCAGCCGGAAGAUUUAAUGAUGUUACAUUCGUUUCGUCUUCUUCUGUGAUGUCACAUCCUGGUCUAUGAUGUCACAUCCUGGUCUAUGAUGUCAUAUCCCGGUCCGCGAUGUCAUAUCCUGGUCCAUGAUGUCACAUCCUGGUCCAUGAUGUCAUAUCCCGGUUGAUGAUGUCAUAUCCUAGUCCGUGAUGUCAUAUCCUGUGUUUAGUGUGAUCUGUUUUUAAUCUGUAUGAUUUCACUUGUUUUACAAUACUCUCUUCAUAUAUAUACAGGACUGUCUCAGAAAAUUAGAAUAUUGUGAUGAAGUUCUUUAUUUUCUGCAAUACAAUUAAAAAAACAAAAAUGUCAUGCAUUCUGGAUUCAUUACAAAUCAACUGAAAUAUUGCAAGCCUUUUAUUCUUUUAAUAUUGUUGAUUAUGGCUUACAGCUUAAGAAAACUCAAAUAUCCUAUCUCUAAAUAUUAGAAUAUCAUGAAAAAGUAUACUAGUAGGGUAUUAAACAAAUCACUUGAAUUGUCUAAUUAACUCGAAACACCUGCAAGGGUUUCCUGAGCCUUGACAAACACUCAGCUGUUAUAAAUCUUUUUUUUAACUUGGUCUGAGGAAAUAUUAAAAUUUUAUGAGAUAGGAUUUUAGAGUUUUCUUAAGCUGUAAGCCAUAAUCAGCAAUAUUAAAAGAAUAAAAGGCUUGCAAUAUUUCAGUUGAUUUGUAAUGAAUCCAGAAUGCAUGACAUUUUUGUUUUUUUAAUUGCAUUACAGAAAAUAAAGAACUUCAUUACAAUAUUCUAAUUUUCUGAGACAGUCCUGUAUACUGACGUGUCUUCUAAAGACAGCAGUUACUUCAGAAAGGCUUCAAAUGAAUCUAAUUGAAGGCGGUAAAGUGUUAAAAUGUAUGAAAUCGAGUUUAUUAUUAUUAUCAUAAUUUUUAUUAUUUUGGGUCUUAAACUUAAAACAUUCUUCGGUACGAACGAUGAAAACGAGAUGAAUCACUUUAUAAUGUGGAAGAUUUAAAAUGAUUAAAACAAAUCAAACUGAGGCGUAAAGUGAAAUACAAGUUUAGUAUUAUUCACUUAUUUAGUAAUAAUUAAAGGAGCAAACUAAGAUAAAAACAUUAAAAGAAUAAUUUUGCUUUUUUCCUUUAUUUACUGAAUUGUUAGAAUUGGUCGACUUUCAUGAAUUGCAAUUCACUAAUCUGACUUUAUUAGUGUUGUGAUUUGACUUUAAAGUUAAAAUAAAUGUUUUAAUUGGAUGUUUAGUGAAUAUUCAGACGCAAUGAAUCACUAUUCUUUCUUUUCAUACGUGUUUUGUAUUUAAUCUCAUUUCUUUAGUUUGAUUUGUUUCUCCAAAGUAUUUUAAAUCUUCCACAUUAUCCCAAACAAAAAUAACCAAAAACGAACUCCUGUCGAGGUUUGCCUUCGUUCUGCGUGACACGGGGACUUUGAUGACGACGCCCCCUUUCUGCACAUUAAAUGUUUCAUAAUGUU